AUGGCCAACUUGCAUCCGUCGAAGUAGCCUGGUGAUAACAUGUAGAGUGUCCAGUCCGACCCCCGAGACUCCUCCACCAGACACAUAUUUGAAGCUGUCGAACAUCCAGAGACUGAUACAGUACGACAAAGAGAAGGCAAUUGGACAAAUUGACAACCAGCUAAAGCAAGAAAAGGGAAUGGGAGAACUUAUGAGAGAUCUUCACAACAGAGAUAAAGCCAAGCUCAGGCGCAGACUCGAUGAAGAAAAAAUCAAACAAAACUACUCAGGAGUCCAAAUGGAACAGACUCUCAAGCACAGAAGAACCAUUGGAGACAAUGAAGAAGACCUCAUGGACAGAGUCAGAAACUUCAAACAGAAUGAAUAUGAAAAACUGCUAGAAGUUGAGGAUGAACGCAAAUAAACUCGUCGGCAAACUCAAAGGUUCUGACUACAAUGUUGACCAGCUGGCCAAGAGAGAUAGAGGUCUCAGAGAGAACAGAAAGGAACAGGUUGACCGAAUUCUGUAUGACCAAGAUGCCAUUGAGCGAGAGCGGCAGCUAAUGAUGAACAAAGUGAGCAACUAUGAUCCUAAGCAUGACCCCAGUUUACAUCCUCGCAAAGAAGUAGCUCCUAACUUGUUGAGUGGAUACAAGUCUAUGCCAGAGAUAGCACCUUUGAACCUGAAAGAGCAAGGCAGAGAGUUUUUGAAGCUUGAGCAAGCCAACAAGGCAGACCACUUUAAGCUAGUAGACAAGCCUCGUUCGAAGAGAGAGGUACCCCCAUUAAUACAGAUGCCUCAGAAGCAGAGCAUGGCCCCAAUACAUAGCCAUCGAGCACACAGAAUGCCAAGCACAAGUCCUGCUUUACCUCCUCCUCUACCUCCACAAGGUUUCGGCUUUCCAGGAUCUCAUCCUCACCCAUUGGUUGGUCACCCAUUUGGUAUGCCAGGCAUGCCAGGUAUGCCAGGUAUGGCUGCUCCCUUUGGACCAUACCCUCAUCCUCCAAACACGAUUCCACCUCAGUUCAGGACAAUGAUAGACCAAGCCAAACUAGAGAAUGACAGACUUACUCAAGAACUUGAUAACCUCAAAUCUGGCUCAGGAGGCUUAGACAACGGAGGAUUUGGAAAUAUAGCUCAACGUGCAGAAGAAGAUAUAGAAAAGCUUAAGAAAACCCUACUUCCUAACGGUCUUGGUGGUGGAGGAACCAAUGGCGAUCCCUUCCCUGAAGAUUUCGUAUUCAGACAGAAUGAUUUCAGGUCAGAAGACCUUGAAGUUGAGGAACGAGCUCUCCUCAACCUUAAUCUUCAGGAAUAUGAUAAUCUUAGAGUCCUUUCUAAACUUCCAGCCAAUUCAGAGCUAUACCGUUAUAAGAUGGACCAAUUUAAAGAAGCAAGCACUAUUAGAGGAGAAAUUGAGAAGGUACUCCAUGAACAGCGUCUCGAAAAGAUCCGAAGAGACUUUGAAAAGGCUAAAUAUGAAGAUGAACGAAAGUACAACCAUGAAAGAUGGCUUGAAGAACAGAAGAGAGAAAUAUUAGCAGCUAAACUUAGGACAAAUAAUGAUGCUACCGCAAGAUUGAAUAGAAACCAAUCUCUUCCUGAUCUCAGAAAGGCAAAAGGACAAAUAUUAACUGCUUACGAUGCUCCUCAAUCCUCAAGAUACCAACCUCAGUCUUCCUACAGCCGUCAAAGUACAGCUCGGAAUAGGAAUGAUUAUCCAAACAUCCCACCUGUAUUAAGCCAGAGACAGAGAUACUAAUUUUAUCUGAAGGAGUUUCAAUUUA